AUGGCAAACUCAAGUUAUGAUAUUCAGAAAGUGUAUAAUGAUAUUUUUAAGAUCAACGACUAUUUUUAUGAGGGGGAGCAAGGUCAAUUAAUAGUUGAUGAAGAACACGGAUCAAUCGACAAAUAUUGUGAUUACGGAAGUAGCUCAGGAAAUGGUAAAUGUCAAAAUGAUUAUUUAAAAAUGGCUAGUUCUGGUGUUAUUCAUUUGCUAACAAAUUUAAAGAACUAUGGUUUAGAAAAUGAUAAACUUGCCGAAUACGCUAUUUUAUUUUUAAGUUAUAAACUAAAUCAAAAUGAAAAAUAUAGUAACACCAAAAUAAAUGAUUUUUAUACUAGUUAUAUAGAAACAAAUGAGUAUUAUAAUAAGAAUAUAAAAGAUAACGAUAUAACUUAUAAGGCAAUUAUCAAUAAUAAUAAUGAUUUGAUGAAUAUUAAUGAAAUAUCUAAAUUCAAUGAUCCAUUUGGUAUAUUAUUAUUAUUGUAUUAUGCAAUUGAUCUUAAAGAUUGGAAUUGCACAAAAUAUUCGAAAAAUGUUAAUGAAUUUGUUCAAAAAUUUGAAGAACUCAGUAAAGAUUCUAAUAAUAAAGAAAAUAGUUUAUAUAAAAAAUUGUUAUCUACAUUAUCAAAUGAUUAUGAUAAUUUAAAAAAUAUAUAUGAAAAGAAAUCUUGCAAUAUUUCACCUCUUCCAAAAAUAGACCCAAAAAAAAAUUUUGUAGAAAAUUCUGGAAUAGAUUCUGGACAAACAUUGGGGAAGACUCCUGAAAUUACAUCAUCAAGUUCGUCGAUAUUAAACACAGUAAUUCCAGGUUUAUCGACAUUUGCAAUACCGGUUUUCUUGGGAGUUGCUUAUAAGUAUUCAUUAUUUGGAAUUGAUAAACUAUUUCAAAGACAAUAUAUAAGAAACAAAUUAAAAAAAACAAAGAAGAAAAUGGAACUUAAUAUAUGA